CUUAGAUUCGGGUCUCUAGUUCUAUUGCCAAAAACUUCUAUAUUAUAUUUUUAUAUUGUACGUGCUGUUACCACUUAACUACUAUAACUAUUUAUAUGAUAUCUUGUGAAUUUAUAUUUGAAAACUAUUUUAAUAUAAUUUUGAUUUUUAAUGUUAGAUUGUGUUGUGUAUUGUUAAGGACUUCGACUGGCAGAAAUUAAGAAAAUCCACGGGGAGUAUGGUGUGACCGGAGCUCCGUGAUAUUCAGAAGAUGACAAAGGAAUCGUUCGAAGUGAAAUAUGGCUCCGGACGCGGAGGACUGCGAAGAGGUGGAGCGGCUGAAUGGGGACUAUCAGGAAGAACAAGUACAUCAAGGGAGGAGAAUCCUACCCGACGAGCCGCCACCAGCGCAGGCCUGGACAGAAAACGAGGAGUUGAGUCCAGGAAACGAUAGCAGAACUAACAGCCCCGGUGAGAACCGACGACUUCUUGGAAAUAAACCACUGCAGAAAUCCAGCUCCCGCCUACAAGCUGGCUUAACCUUAGGAGUGUGGGGCGUGUCUAAGAAGCAAUCGAAAUGCACACCGAGCUUGAAAAAUGGAAAACCACAAGCAAAGACGAAGUUCCAGAAACGAAAGGAGAAAUUAAUAGAAGCGCUAAGGCUGCCCUACUUCAUCAUCACCAUGUUGUAUAUUAUUGGCUUGUUUCACUUCUUUGCUCCAGAAGAGUGGCGAGCCAAGUUAGAAUGGGCUCCGGGUGCGUGGUGGCACCAACCCUGGCGGCUGCUUACAUACGGAUUCUUACACGCUGGCGCUGCGCAUCUCGCACUGAAUGCCUUAGUUGCUUUAGCGGUUGGCUGGCGGCUUGAACACGAGCAAGGCUGGUCGCGGGUGGGAAUUAUAUGGGUGGGCGGCGUGGCGGCGGGCGCGCUCGGCGCCGGCUCACUACAGCCGCGUGUGCACGUAGUGGGCGCCUCCGCAGCUGUGUACGCCUUGCUAACCGCACACCUUCCUAAUGUGUGCCUUAGAUUCGGUCAUAUUCCACUGUGGUGGUUCCGUCCCUUGAGUGUACUAGUAUUAGGGGCUUCGGAAGGCUGUUGGGCGCUCAUGCGAACACCCGACCCACACGUCACGUAUAACGUAGCGUGGGCCGCGCAUGCGCUGGGCGCUGCUGUCGGCGUGCCAUUAGGUUUUGUCGUUUUCAAAGGUGAAAAUUCGUCGAAACGUAUCAUCGUGGUGUGUCGCAUAGCGUCCAGUAUCAUAUUAGCCGUGGGAGUUAUCGCGGCUGUAACCCACUACGUGUUCUGGUACGACGUCGACCACUUCACUUGAUAUACGAAUAGACAGCGGUCUUACAGGAUUCGCCAUUGAUAUCAUUUCAGAACAUUAAGCUAUCAAUGCAUUAAGAGUAUUUGGAGUCUAAUUCGUUACAAAGGUUUCACAAUUAGAUGCUAAUAAUGCAAUUGAUAGAGACAACUAAAUAUAUAGUAAUGAUCAGCGAGGAUUGGCUGAGGAGCGGUGCAGGUUAAGAAUUAAAAUAACCAAAGAAGUAAUAGAAGUGGAAGGAGCUUAUACGAACAGUAAGCAAUGAACGCAACCUAACAGUGAGGCUUGAACGAAUUUAUACUUUUUAUAAAACUUUUAAAGUACAAAAAGAGUGUUCUUAAAAUUAAAAAGAGCGUUGGUGAAACUAUAUUAUGUACAGAUCCGUUUACAAACGAAUCAAUAUUUUAAGCCGAACAUAAAACGCACAAGUCUUCCGACCAAAGAGACGACGAAUUGACUGGAUCUCAAAGUUACCUAAUCAUGUACUUACUAUUGUAUAAUUUUUAUACUAAUCAAAGUGAUUUUAAUAGCUGUAGCACUAGUAGUAUCUAACGAACAUAAUAAACUUAUUCUUGAAGUGGACAAGUCUAAUGGCAUUGUGACGAUAAACACCACAUUCGACGAUUUCUGUGAAAUUGAUGGCUUUGUUUUGUAUCAAAACAUUACAUUAGUGGUUAAGAAUGUAACUGUUUAGAUUUAAUUUUGUUUCUCAAUAACCUAGGAAUUGUUUAGUCAAAUUAUCUUUACUGUCGUAAUGAUACUAAAUAUGUACAAAGUCAUAUAUUUUUUAAGAAAAUUACUGUUAAUCUUCUACUAUAGUUAUUGUAUAAAGUACCGUUGUUUUAAAAGUUAUGUUUCUAGUUUUUAUCCAAAGAGAUUAUUUGUCUAGUCACAAACGAUUGUUCGAUACAAAUUGGUGCGAAUUUUAAUAUUCAAAAUUGUUGUCGCUUGUACAGACUUGUAACCGUAACGUACUCCUGCGUAUUGCCUGCGUAGCAUGCGGUUUGUUUAUUGAUAUUUAAAAAUGUAAAUAUUGAAGUUCCAAAUUCUGUGGUUAAGGUUUUUGAUAAAAUACAAAAGACCUCCGAAAGUGUUCGUAGGUUAGGGUUAUUAAUCUAAAUUUUAAAAUUUACAAAGUACUUUACCACUUUUGUAUUAAAAUUGUUCUAAACAUUUCAUAUCUUUCUUGUGAUUCUCGCGCGUUAUGUAAUUGUUCGUUAAUAAACUAACAUUUUUUAACAA